AUGUAUUUUCUUACGGCACUAGUUCUGGUACCCAGCAUUGUGUUGGGUUAUCCAACAGGUCCACCACCAGAACGCUGUGACAAUAUGAUACCAGAACAUGGUGUUGCUCAACAGUCAACUGCACCUCCGUAUGAGAUCACAUUUUCACCAGAUAAACUUACCUAUACAGACAAUGAACUUAUACAAGUAACAUUAAAAGGAAAAGGGAACCGAAAAUUUCGAGGAUUCUUGAUUGAGCCUCGACCCAGUGCUGAUAAUUACACAACUUUUGGCUCACUACAGUCCUUUCCUGACAUUACCCGAAACCCUUGCUCCAAUGAAAGAGCUAACAAGAAUGUAGCAUUGUCACAAUCUAAUAAUUCGGACAAAACAUCAAUUACUUUCACAUGGAAAGCACCUUCAUCAAACGUUGGAAACAUUGUGUUUGUCUUUACAGUUGUUGAAACAGCUGCAGUAUAUUGGGUAAAAGGUUUGUCGGAGACAUUAAGAUACACAUCAGAACAACCUACACAGACCUCUACUGGUGCUCAAACUGUGCCUACAACACAGCCAUCUCAAACAUCGUCACAAUCACCCUCGUCAAUGAUAAGCCGGGACCCAGAAUGUGGUAAAACAAAAAGCUGUUUUCCUGCUCCCUCCGAGUGCUCAACAAAUUGUGAUUAUCUUGUAUCAUGGAAAGAAUCAGGAACAGAAGAUGUUGAGUUCACCCUUCAGAAAAGAACCACGGAAAAUAAUUAUUGGAUUGCUAUUGGGUUUUCCAAAGAUCCUAUAAUGGGUGAUGACAGUGUUAUUGAAUGUGUAUCCUUGAAUGGUCAGCCUAAUGUCCAGGUGUCAUACAACAUCAAAAGUGACACAUAUAAAUCAAAUCAACGCCUUGAUUCUGUGAUAAAGAAGGACAGUAAAUGUGGGGAAAGUGUUGGAUGUUACCAUGAUUGUAAGAACGAUGGAUCAUGUGGGUUUUUAUUGACCUGGAAGGAAAAUGGAGACAAUAUAGAUUUGACCUUGACCUGUAAACUUGGCGGGAACAGUGUCUACUGUGCUAUUGGAUUAUCAAGUGAUAACAAAAUGGGAGAUGACAGUGUGUUUGAGUGUAUUCACAGUGAAGAUACAACAACUGUAUCUGUAUCCUACAAUGAUGGCAGGUCUAAUAAAAGACUCGAUCAGGACAAGUUUGGUCUAAGUUCUAUAUCAGCUGCCUAUGGAGAUGGAAUUCUGUCGUGUACAUUUUCACGCAAAAAAUCAUGGACAUCAGCUGCAGCAGGACGAAAGAAACGAGCAACUGCCUCGUCAGGCACAUACUUUGAUAUGAACAAAGACUGGACGUUGUUUUAUGCUUAUGGUAAAGCAAGUGGAGGUUUUAUUGGCAAGCAUGCAAAGACACCAACAAUAUCAACACAGAAAGCUGACUUUCAGAGUUUCAUGGACAUCAGCGCUACAACUGUAGAUAGAUCAAUGAUAAAACUACAUGGUAUAUUAAUGACAGUGGCAUGGAUGUUCUUUGCUGUAAUGGGAAUAUUUAUGGCAAGAUUUUACAAAUUAGUCUGGCCCGAGGGUAUGGAAUGGUGCGGACAGAAACGCUGGUUUAUAGUACACAGGUCUUGUAUGGUGACAGCAUUUCUACUGACAGCAGCAUCUUUUGUUAUAAUUUUUGUUCAUGUCGGAGGCUAUGCAGAGAUAGAGGGAACAGGCUUUGAGAAGUCUCAUCCUAUAAUUGGUAUAGUUGUUAUGUGCCUGGCACUCAUCAAUCCAAUUAUGGCAGUGUUUAGACCACACCCAGGAACACCAAAAAGACCUAUUUUUAAUGUGUUCCACAAAGGGGUCGGCACUGGAGCUGCUGUGUGCUCAAUUGUUAACAUUUUCUCGGGGACAAUUCUAACAGGAGCAUUUGUUCCGGACUAUGUUCGGAUAAUACUUUGGGUCGCAGUUGGCUGGUGUGCACUUAUUGAAAUCAUAUCUUAUAUAUAUGACUGUAGAAAAGAAGAAGUAAACAGUGGUCAAUCUUAUGAGCUGAAACCAGUUGGUGGGGCAACUGAGAAACAGCAAGAUUCAUACAAGAGUGUUCCCCAGUUUAAAGUUAUCAUUCUUGGAUUACAUUCUCUGGCACUAAUUGGCUUGACAGCAGGCGUGUGUGUUAUAAUAGGAAUGGGAGAUCAGUUCUAGGCCUAUAUAGUCAUAUAUAUGCAUUUACAUGACUUUGAUAUAUUUUAUUUGCUAUUUAAGUCUUGAAAGAAUGAGUUCUCUAGUUGUAUGGCAAAAAAAGGAAAAAACAACAAUAGGGAUAUACAAUGUAUUUAUAAACAUACAUGAUUUUAUGAUAGAUAUGGUAUUGCAUCGAUAUUUAGAUGUCUAUGACAGAUAGAACAGUAUUUUUUUCUGUGAUUGCAAUCAUUGAUGUUAAUUAUGGCAUGAAUUUCAUUACAGUGGUUAGUGUUUCAAGUUACCAAUUUUCAGGGUAUGUAAAUGUUGAGUUUAAAUUGUUGCUGUAGUUGAAAGUGUAACUAUGUGCUUUGCACCUUAAUUCACGUUGGAAGCACAGUUAAUAAAGGAAGGGUUUUUAUCAUAAGUAAUUUAAAUGGAGCUGAAAGGGUUAUAUGUGGAAUAUUUUAAGAUAAUUCUUACUUUUUUAAAUCCAAUAAUAUGAAUGUAACUUUGUAAGGUUGAGUUUUUUGAUCAUUGACUUGAAAUAACUUGCCCUCAUCUCUGUGGACUUAAAAUCACACCAUGUGACAUAAAUAUUGGAAAGUCAUCUAACAUCUUCUUCAAUAAAAAGGGGCACCUGUCAUCUUCCACAAUAAUCCUUAAAGUCGCAUUUUGUGCCUUUCAUAGUGUUGCAGUGACUUAAAAAGGUUUAUUGAAUAGCAAUAUAUUUGUGCAAUGAUUUUAGAAGCAUUGUCUGGUUUGCUCAAUAGAGCCUUGGAUUGUGAAUUGGGCAACCUGGGUUCGAUUACCAGACAAUGCAGGCCUUUCUUUGUUGUUAUUGAACAUGAAAUCCUUUCUACAGUCAUUUACACUGUACCUCUGCUCUAGCGUGUACAGAAGUAAUCAGUUCCUUCUGAAAGUGAAGAAGGUACAGGUACUGGUAAACUGCCAGGAAAUAUGUGGUGGCUGAACUGUGCUCUGAUGAAUUCAAAGUAGCUUUAACUGUCAUCAUCUAGAGGGUGAACUUCAAAAACAACUACUGUAAUAAUUUUGGUUAGAGAUACAAUUUUGGUUACAAUGUAUUUGUUUGAUUCAUUAUGGACAGUAUUUAUUUUCUGACUCAAAUGAAAGGGUAUUUAGCUGUUAAAUCUACAUACAUGCAAUUGGCAUUUACUAGCUUUCUAUUUUUGUCAGUAUUGUUGUUAAAGAUUGUAUUCUACAUAAAGUUUUGUGUAAGACAAAAUAAAAUGAAGGAUCAAAAUGAAAAAAAAAACCCACAACACUUUUAUUCAGA